UGUGUCAAAGUCAAAUUUCAUAAUUUCGGCGCGAAGUGGGGUUUUAUGUUUUUUUAUUUAAAUGCCAUAAGUAUUUGUAAUUUUGUUCAAACUAUUAAUUUAUUUAGGCGCCCCUAAAAAGCAAAAACUCCGGCAAAAUGACCGUGGGAGAAUCGGGAAAAAAUUUACCAUGGGUUGAAAAAUACAGGCCUUCGAAGUUAGAAGACUUAGUUUCCCACGAUGAUAUUAUAAAGACUAUUGGUCAAUUUAUGAAAGAAAAUCAAUUGCCACAUCUUUUAUUUUAUGGGCCACCGGGCACAGGGAAGACAUCAACAAUUUUAGCUUGUGCCAAACAAAUGUAUACUCCACAGCAAUUUAAUUCUAUGGUACUUGAAUUGAAUGCAUCUGAUGACAGAGGAAUUGGAAUUGUAAGAGGACAAAUCCUCAGUUUUGCUUCAACAAGAACAAUAUUCAAGGCAGGUCCCAAACUCAUAAUUUUAGAUGAAGCUGAUGCAAUGACAAAUGAUGCACAAAAUGCUUUGAGAAGAAUAAUAGAGAAGUACACGGAUAACGUUCGCUUCUGUAUAAUCUGCAACUACCUCGGCAAGAUAAUACCUGCGCUACAGUCGCGAUGCACUCGCUUUAGGUUCGCCCCUCUACAACACGUUCAGAUCGUACCAAGGCUACGGGAUAUCGUUGAAAAAGAAAAUGUAAAAAUAUCAGAAGACGGUAUUCAGGCGCUGCUUGAGUUGUCCGGCGGGGAUAUGCGUAAGGUGCUUAAUACGCUGCAGAGUACUUGGCUUUCGGCGCGUAAUGUCACCGAGGACACCGUCUACACGUGCGUCGGACACCCGCUGCGUGCCGACAUCGAUAGCAUUCUCACCAGGCUCAUGAAUGAAGACGACUUUGGGGUAUGCUUCAAAUUUAUUCAAGACUUGAAAAUAUUAAAAGGAUUAGCACUUGGCGACAUUUUAACAGAGAUUCAUACAAAAAUUCAAAGAGUGAAAUUCCCGCCGGACGUCUUGAUAUCUCUAUUAAUCAAGAUGGCGGAUUCGGAGGCGCGGCUGGCGAGCGGGUGCAGCGAACGUAUCGAGCUGGCCGCCCUCAUCGCCGCUUUCCACCUCGCCAGGCAACAGAUCGAUAUCACUGCUAUAGCCAACUCUUGAGUGUAUUUACGUUCAUUAAUAAAAGUUUACUGUUUACCUA